AGAAAAAUGCUUCCUCUCCUCUAAUUCUUCAACAUUCCUCAAACGGGCGUUUCUUUCCCCCCCCUUGCAAAAGUCUGCUUGAAUGACAGAUUUGACACCUCAAGGCCAAUAAGCCCAACGCCACCGGCUCGAUUCUUCCUCCGGGUGGGAUCGACAAUUCUCUCGGACGUCAUUCCAUCCGAGCUCUUGUGACGGUGAUCUGAUCCCGAUCGUCGGAUUUCCUUUCCCUCCCUCCUCUUUCUUCCCCACGGCGAUGGUGUCCUCUUGAUUUUUUUUAUUUUCAUACCAGAACCUACAUUCCGUCUUGUACCCAGCAGUGUGUUUAAUUGGACUCAAAAGAGAGACAUAGAGAGGAAGAAUGGACCUAACCCCCAACGACCCCCCGCUCCCACCGCCGCCCCGUCGCAUCCACCACCGCGCCUCUCCAGCCCGUCGCAUCGCCGGCGCAGCAACAGCAACAGCAACAGCACACCACCUCAACCACCACCAUCAAUACAACCGCCUCACCGUUCGCUCGCGCGGUGACGACCGCUCCAGCCAACCGUCCAGCGAUCCCGCGUUUUUCUCUAGCGACGACGUCCCCGGUUCCGGCGGGUUGGAGAAUUAUACCUAUGCCAACAAGUCAGACACAGCGGCUGGCGCCACCGCGAAUCACUAUGCGCCAGCUCAAGGGUCAGGGAGCUUGGUGGGCAGUCGGAAGCGGCGGUACCGCGGGACGUGGUGGGGGGAGAAGAUGCUGUCUUCCGGUGGGCAUCAGUCGCCACAGCAGGAAGGACCGAAGCGCAACAAGCGGGUGGAUUUCAAGGAGAAGAGGCUGGUGGAUAGUGGGGUGUGGAUGGGGAGUGAUGAUUCUGGGGUCUUGGCAUCGGAUGCGUCGUGGGGGGAGGAGCUUUGGGGUCAGUUUGUUGGGCAGGGGGAUGAUGCUGGGAAGUUGGAGUCGAGGAAGGAGGUCUCUGGGAUAGGUCCGGGUGGUUUGGUGCAGGAUGAAGGGGAUGACGGACUGGACAAUGAGGAGCAGCAGCGGCAGCGGCAGCGAUGGGGGACACAGUCUUGCGGCUCGGGGGUCCGGGGCUUUCAGAGUCAACGGGGUGGUGGUGUGGGAGGAAGUGGCACCCUGGGGCUAAGCGGCUUGAGGCGGGGCGUUGAGGAAGAGCCCAGGGAGCAUCAGAUCGCGCGGGCGAUCGUCAACGAUUGCUUGGAGAGGGGGGACGAUAGCGUGGACUUGAGUGGUGGCAAUCUCCGCAGUAUACCUUCCGGACUGCUGCGUCCGCUGCAGCAUCUGACCAAGUUACCUGCCAUCAAGGAACCACCCAUCACGGAAGAUGUCUAUACCUCCCUGGAGCCGUUCCUGCGCUUGUUUCUGGCGGGAAACUCCCUGCCCAAGCUGUCUGGCGAAUUGUUCGAGCUGGACUCGCUGCGCGUCUUGAGCUUGCGCAACAACAAGUUGACAGAGGUCCCGCCCGCGAUUCGGAGAUUGACCCUGUUGCAAGAGGUCAACCUAUCUGUGAACCGGCUGCGGAGUCUGCCGUGGGAGCUGCUGUGGUUGAUUCGCAAGGGCGACCUCAAGCAUCUAACCGUGCGGCCGAACCCGUUGCUGCAGAUCGAAGAACAAGAGCUUCUGGAGUGGCACGUCCCCCAGAACGAAUUACGGUCGUGUGUCUACGAGGGACCCGCGGUGCCUGAGGAAGCUUGGGCCCCCGUGCAUGUCGCCACGGGGCCUGUGCUGCGAUACAAUGCAGAGGGCAUGCUGCUGGCCGAGCGAGAGGUCAGCAGCAGCUCGUCGACGGUAAUGGAUAUCGACACAAACGCAAAUGCAGGCACAUGCACAAAGAUCGUACCCGCCCCAGCGCCCUUGGCCGCAUCGCGUGUCCCGUCCCUGCGUGAAGUCGCCCUCCUCUCACUUACCCGGUCCCCGUCAUUCGAUCUACUUCCCGACUCCGAGCUGGCGGGCUACCCGGCCAUGAUGCUGCGGCUGCUGCGGGAUGCAAGGGAGGUGCGCAGCAGCGGCGGUCGGAGCUGCUCGGUGUGUCAUCGCAGUUUCGUCAUCGCGCGCACAGAGUGGAUCGAAUGGUGGGAUUGCAGCACGUAUGAGAAUGGAUUGAAGGGCCCGCGCCCGUCCGGGGAGAGUCUGCGUCCGCUGCCUUUCCGGAGACUAGGAUGUAGUUGGGGCUGUGUGCCGGGCGCCGAGGUUUAGUCGUGUUGAUUUGUGUAUAUACGAGCUCAGCCCUUUUCUUGUCUGGUUGGGUAGGGUGGAGAGAUGUAUGUGGGUGUAUUUGUCUUUUGUGUUGUUUAUGGCAUGGCAUAUAUAGAUCAUCAGCCGUCGAUUUUCUGGGUCUGGAUGAGCGUGUCUGACCGGGUUGUUUGAGCAUAGUUCUGCCGUUUUCUUUCAUCAUGUUUAAGUUGUUUUCAACAUACGGCGCAGUAAUCAAUGCUGGAGUCU